AUGACUACACCAGCCGCCAACCUGGCAACCCCAGUCUCGCCCCCUUCCACGAAUGCGAUCUCUGUACGAGACGUCGAACGACCCGAUGAAUCCUCAGGCUCUAGGACGUAUCCAUCGAGGUCGUCAAGUCGAGGCGGAGGUCGCCAGGGCGAGAGUAGCGGCCAAGAUCAGCCAUCAGAAAACCUCGUCGGCAAUCUCUUCAAAAGCCGCGAUGCGCCGUCCUUCUUCGGGUCCUCCUACUUUGGCCCUCAAGCCGCCGCAAAAAUCAUCCAAGCGCCCGCUCCAGAGCUGUCAUCUGGUCUCAGCUCAAAGCCCCAGGCGGGUUCAACCCACUCGUUCCGCGAUGAAGGUGGCCCGUUUUCCCAAAUAUGGGAGCUACUCGGACUGCUGCCGCGCAAGAAGUCGACAGUCGACAGGCUGACGGAAUGCUUCCUGAACGAGCUCAACUGGGCGAUAGACGCUGUUCAGCCAAAUUCUUUCAAGGCAAAGUAUGAAAACUUUUGGUCGCGCAAGUUCGGCUUUGACGAUUUCGCCACGAUUGAUCUUCGCUGGCUCGCUCUGCUAUUCAUCGUUCUAGCCUAUGGCGUGUUGCUGGACUGUCCGAGGCCGCGGAACAGGGAGGUCCAGCGAGAGGUUUACGAUACGUCGCAACGGUUUUACUGGGCUGCCCGGAGAGCCAUCGUGAUCGCCCCGACCUUUUACGGCGAGUCCACGGACCUCGUGCGAGCCGGUGUUCUAGUCACUCGGUAUCUCAUUUACACUCGUCGCGUGCCGGAAUCCUGGCUUACAACGAGCUUUGCUAUGCGAAUGGCUCAAGCUCAAGGCAUGCAUAUCGACGGUGAGAGGUGGAGGCUUCCAAGGAAGGAAACGGAGACCAGGCGGCGAUUGUGGAGCAAUCUUUACAUGCUUGAUAAGACCAUUGCUUUAGCUCUCGGACGGCCCUUUGCCAUUGUUGAUCAACAGUGUCUUGUCAAGCAGGCGUCCAAUGUUUGGCUAGAUGACCUGGAUGACGAGGAGGCCGCCUCGGUCCCAGAAGCACCCCUUUCCGAACCAACUGCAAGCGUCUUCAGCCGCCUGGCUCACGAACUUGCCGUCGUCGUCGGCAAGAUCCAAGAGCGAUGCUUUGGUCUGUUCACAGUCUCGUACGAGACAGUUCUCACGCUCGACAAGGAAAUCGAUACUUGGAGGGGCAGGCUACCACCGUAUUUCGAAUUAGAGGACGCAGACAACUCAAAGGACGACCGCCUCCCGUUCCUCCCUUGGCAGAGGCUACAUUUGCACAGCAUGUACCACUUUGCGCGAGUCACCCUCCACCGGCCGUUCCUCCUUCGCCAAUCGAUCACGAAUAGGUACAAGCACAGUCACGACGUCUGCAUAGCUUCCGCCUGCGCGGAUCUCGACAUGGGCCUCAAGAUGUUCAACCAACCUCUCAACGAUCGGUUGAAGUGGAGCCUAGGGCCGCACAAUCUCUUCAACAGCGCAUUGGUCCUGGGCAUCAUUGCGGUCCGCGAUCCUCACUCCCGGCGAUCUCAAGCUAUCCUUGAGGACUUGGCCGCGUACUGCGAGAUGCAGAGGAACGACGUGUGGCUCAAUGAGUUUGCCCUCGCUGAAGUGAAAAUAGUCGAGCUCUGUGUCAAGAAGGCUAGACAGUCCCAUCCGCCGCCAGCCAAUACCCUAGUACCGUUGGCUCUUGCAUCAGCCUCGCCUGGGCGGCGCUUUUCUCAACCGGCCGGACAACCGCCGGUAAUGGAGACACAACCGCAAUUGCCUGUUGAGAGUCCAGACUUUGAUCCUCUCAUGGCUGGCUUGGGGCUUCCUUACAGCACGACGAGUGCGCAGAUGACUUGGGAUGAUCCUGGAUUUUUCCUGCCUGAGAGCGGGGACCUGUCGCAAUGGGAACAUGUCAUCAACACUCUCAUGCAUGAUCAAGCAAGCAUGUGA